CUGAAUUCAAAAUGGAGCUCAAAUGGCGCAGACAAGAGAAAGUGGUUUACAGCUUUUAUAGCUACAAUAUUUUUUAAUUCCUCCUACAGGUUCGGUAGAAAUGUUUCAUAAAAUAAGAUCUUUUAUCCAUGAGGCUGUAGAAGCGGUGAGUUUUUUUAUUUUUACCAUUUACAGAGAUCAUUCGCUAAAAUUCUAUUUUCUGGAUCUCAGUUGUGAGGAUUUCCUGACUGCAAAUUUCUUAAAUAUUCAAAAUAAGUUGUUAUAAUAAACAUUUCAGCUUGCUCCUGAUGUCCCUCUACAAGAAACGUUUGUAUUCCAUUGGAAAGCUAUCACUAAUUAUUUUAUAGAGGCCACAGGUAACGUUAAAAUCAAUGUUGAUAUGUAGUACAAGUACAUGUAGCUCGUUCUUUGUUUAUUUACACAUGCUUACGUGUUUAAUUGUUUUACCUAUGCAUAUAAAUUUCGUGUCUGGCAGAUGAGAAAGUUCCCGUACAGUCCACUAAUAUUCCAUAUCACCUGGAACAAAUGUUGGACAUUUUACGACAUGAAGAAGAUGACCAGAAUGGUGGUGCAACGGUAAUCUUUUAACAAUGUAUUUUUAAUUCCAAAAUGAAAGUGCCGGUGGUAAUUUUAUUUCUGUUUAUCUCGUAGGUAUCUUUUAUCUUUAAUUUGGCUCAUGCAUGUGCUAUAAAAUGUAAAAGUAAUGCUUAUUUAUCAUUAAUCACUUCCACCAUAUGGUGUAGAACACACAACAGAGCGGGGCUCCAAUUUGAGUGUGUCCUUACAGAUAACCCAACCGGCCCAGGAGAGGUUGGCUACACCACCAGGAUCUACAUCCUAGAAAGUCUUACUGUUUGCAGAUGUCAUUGAAAAGGCAGUACUUUCUCAUCAGUUAUUUAAAGACCCCGAGUGUUGGUCCGGCUGGGGUUUGAAACCACGACCUCCCACUCAGCAGACUGGAGCUCUGCCAACUGAACUAACCAGGCAGCGGUUAUGCUAUAUGGCUUAGUGCUAACACUCUUCCUUCUUUUUCAUUUCAUGUCAUGCAGCCUUGUGUUUCAUUAUCUACAGUGUAUUCCUGUCCUUAUAAUACCGGGUAUACCGUAUUUAUUCGAUUAACCGCCCUGGGUGCUUAUUAAAUUGUUGGACCUUGAGAGUGGGCGCUUAUUCGAGGCUGGGCACUUAUUAAAUUUUCACCAUUUUCAGCAAGUGUAGUAUGUUUAUUUUGCAACAAAACGCGAAGAAGUAUCAAAGCAAGGUUUCUGUAUAAUACUCUGAAGAAAACUUCGUCCUCGGGGAAGUCUCUUAUUAGAAUUUAUUCACUCAAGUGGUUGGGGUGGGGGUGAGCGCUUAUUUGAGUUUGAUUGGGAGGAGGAGGGGGUGGGUGCUUAUUCGGGGCUGGGCGCUUAUUAACUUUUUCUGCCUUUAGGAUGGGCGCUUAUUCGAGGUGGGUGCUAAUGCGUGGUUGGGUGCCUAUUCGAAUAAAUACAGUAAUUUGGAAGGGCUAGAAUUUUUAUUGUCAAAGUUCCCAGCACCUACUGACUGUAGAAAAUAUUAUGUCACUCAAGCUCACUGGUAAUGCUGACAGACAUGGGUUAUUGGGCUGUUAAACAUUGAUUGUCUGCAUGUCCCCAGGAGGGAGGAGGUUUUCAAGAGUCACUUCUGAAAGGGAAAGACUCGUAUUUUUUGGACUGAGUUGUUUGAAAGACAAUUAGCACAAUUCCACAGUUAGUUACCGUGACAACUCAUAUAAUCUGUUUGCUACGGUGGUCCACUAGUUCCACUGCCUCACAUUUUAAAGCAACUCUGUGUCUACAUAAAAACUCAUCUGCACCAUGCAUUUGUUCCUCUUUUUCAUACAAGUAAUAAGCCAAUUGUUUAUAAACUGACCUCGUCCGUUAAGCCUUCUCCGUAGAAACACGCAUCAAGGAUUGAAAGUUCUUGUUUUCUGAUAGGCUAUUGAAUGUAACCAAUCACAGAGCAUUUCGAUUCUCUUCUGUUUGAAGCUAGAAGUGUGAUUUUAAGGAACACAUUUUGUGAAAAUUUUAGCAUUUUCUUUUAUAAAGAGUUGGAGGAGUUUCCUAAACAAGUGUGCACAAAGAUUCCUUACACUCCCUCUAUAAAGUUGGCCAUCAUCAAAAUUAUUGCAAGAAAUGGCGGGGAAGACCCAGCAGAGGAGUACCUUGAUUUCAUGGCGGUCUUUUCGUUUUCCAAUUUGGUGCCCUAACGGAAAGACCCUGAAGACGAUUGAUGGGUAUGGUGUGGUGGAGAAUGGAGGUUUUUUAGGGGGGAGAGGGGGUGAGUGGCAGGCAGUGGUUGCAGGAAUAGGGCUUGAGUAGGUUCAUUUCUACAGGGAAUCAUUUUUGUAUGAUUUUGUAUGGAAGAGGUUCGUCUCCAGGGAAAAAAGUGUGUUUCCAUGAAAAAGGCUCAUUUUUGUAUAGGAGGCAUAUUUCUAAGGAUGAGGGAUUUUUCUACAGAGGAGGCGUGUUUCUACAGUGGAGACUUAUUUUACGGCAGAGGUUGCGUACAAUUCUACAGAGCGGGCUUAUUUCUGCGAAAAGGUCAAAUCAAAAGCAAUCGGCUUAUUGCUUGUAUGAAAAAAGAGGAACCAAUGUGUGGCGCAGAUGAGUGUUUAUGUACAGACAGCGUUGUUUUAAAAUGUGAAGCAGUGGUGCUAGCGGGCCACUGCUUCCUCGUCAAACCAGGAUUAGAGCGAACCAGGUUUUAAACAGCUCAGUUGUGAAGGGUAAAAUUCAGUUGUGACUCAAUAGGGGUGAGAUUGUUCUUGGUGCUCAGAUAGUAGAGCGCAGGCAGAAAAUUGACAAGGAAAAUAAAACAAGGGGAGACUAUGUAGGGAAAAGGGGAGGGAAGGUUCCUUCGAUCUAGCCCCAGUCUUCUCUCGUUUUCCCCCCUUGUUUUCCCUGUGCAUGGUCUAACUCGCUCCCCACGAUCUAAAUGCUGUACUCUGCUAUCUGAACACAAGGAACAGGCUAGAGGUAGGAAGAUAAAUGAUAUAGGAAUGACUGAUAAAAUGAAUGGCGAUCUUAAUGUCAUGAGCAAUAGCUUGAAAAUUGGUGUUUUACUAGCUAGACUGCUUCUAGACCUCCAGUUCAAUUUCUGAUCCAGCCUAUUCCUUCUUUAUGAGCUGGUAAAAUAAGCUUAUGUGAAAUUUUUAUGUCUAAAUUAUAGGGGCCUUGUUUGGAGUACUUGUUGCAGCAUAAAAUUUUAGACACCCUUCACACACUUGGAAGAGCAGAUGUAAGAGUUAACUUUGUUUCCAAAUACUUAAACAAUAUGUGAAAUAAUUCAGAAAUUUCUUGAGCAGAACUAUUAGUAGAUAUUAAUUUUAUCCUCAUAAAUUAAUUACAGUAAUGUAUUGCUUAAAUUUCAUUACAUAGGAUAUUACAGAAUUAUAAAUGUGUAUGGUCUCUCCAUUCCAUGGUCAGGUCAUCCCAAGCCAGAUCAUUGCAUUUUUUUGGAAAAGAAUAGAUGGUUCCACAGUUUCAGUAUAAAACUCGAUAUCAAGUGUGCUUUUUGGUCUUCUUGGCUUGGAGAACAAGGUAUAUGCAUGAGUAAUGCUCUUGUUUCUGCUUGCCGUGACUUAAACUUGUAAAAAGUUCUGACUAUAGUAUUGUGGAACGAUCUGACUAUUAAGGGGAAUGGUCUGACUAUGGAACAAAGUGACCUCUCCAGAUACCCAAAUAAAAUGUAAAAUGAAGGCAUCUUCUGGUUUACAGUGUACAUUUUUAUUAAAUUGUAUUAUUUGAUUUAAUUUUUAUUGUACAGCGUUUACUUUUAUGAUAUCUUGUUCUUUCUUAGUGUCCACCUGGAAUGAAGCAACAGGUGUUAUUGUUUUUCGCAAAUUUGCUGGCGAAAAUGAAACAGCCUCUUCUACCACACAUCAGUGUGUACCGACCUGUUCAUGUAAGUAAUCAUGGUAGAUAUCAAUAAUUAUUACUGCUAUAUUUAACCUUAGGUUACAACAACGUGAUGUCAGAUAACCCAGGGCUAACUAAGGAACCUAUCAUUUACAACAUUUUUGUAAUCGUCAAAGCAACUUCUCAGCUGUCAAAGUUUUGUCUUUGAAUCAAGCACCAAGAAUGCUCAUCUUGAUUUGUGAACGAUGUUGUCUUGAGGAUACAUGUAAUCAUUUCUGGUUAUAACUUUAAGUGCUGUGAAGAAAUUUGAUCUUUGUUUGCUAAUACUUGCUACUCCCUUAUAUUACAUUUUAUUUCGCUUGAGUAUUUAUUACAACAUUUAGGUCAGUUAUUAUAACUGACCUAAAUUAAGGGAUGAUAGUGAGUUCAGGACAAUGUAAUUUCCCUUAAUGUAAGCGUGAUUGUAAAAGAACUUUGAAGUUUGUAAUUUAAAGUAAUCCAUACUCCCCCAUGGAGGGCUUAAAGGUUUGGCCUGUUCCCCACUCAACCCUUCAUCCUUUUCUUUUAAAGAUUUAUAUAUAUCGUUAUGACCUUGCUCCCCGUUGAAAUUUCCAUGACUCUCCAUCCAUACAGGGAUUUUCUGAGACACUCAAUAUAAUUUGCUUGGGACAAGAGAGAAUGCUUAAAGUAUAAUUAUUUUGUGAAGUCCAAUUGUACUUGCAGUUUUAACAGCGUGAUAUUUUGUUUGUUAGGCUUCAGUUUUUGCUUUACUGCUCUAUCUAACUUUUUUGCCUCAGAGAUUAAUCAGAUUAUGUGGAGAAGUCAAGGCUGCCCCAUCUGAGAAUGAAGAAAUCCAGUUUCUGUGUGUUGUGUGUGCAAAAUUACGACAAGAUCCAUACUUGGUGAACUUUUUCCUUGAGGUGGGUCACUGCAUGCUGUGCUGAUUAUGACACUUUGUCUAUUUGUUUGUUUGUUUGUGUUUACAAUGUGAACCAAUCACCAUUAAUGUAAUACAGUCCCCCCUCCACUAAUGGUGACUUCUCCACAUCUGCCAUCUUUACAGUGGCCACUUUUUUGGUGAAUAGUUCAUACACUGACUCUUCUUUAAAUGGCCACUUUCUUGGCCAAGCUACAUGAUAUUACUUUUACAAAUCUGAGUUUGAAAUCAUUUUACUGGUAACCAUCUUUCUCAAAGCCUUUGUCAAUAAUAUUACUGUAAAAAUGAAGUUAAUUUUAUUGUACAAGUUAACAUUAAUAUUGUAAUGGAGAUUACUUUAUCCAUACAUACGUAUUGUGCAUAUUGAGCUUACUUUCAGUCGUUCAUAUUGCUCCAAUAAACAAAGUUAAUUUUAUUUAAUUUCAAACAGCAAUCAAUUGCUUUGUUUUUAUGAAUAACAAAUAAUGCUGUCCUUGUGCCAUAAUUCAUUCAAUAAAAUUUAACUGUCAUACAUGUAAUUUCAUUUUGUAAUAAUACAUUAUUUAUCUUGUUCUUAACCAAUAAAACUUAUCAUCUUCAUAGAAAUACAGCUUAAAUUAAAUACCUCAUUACUUGAAUUUUUGGCGACAUGUUAUUUUACCAAUUUUGAAAAAUCCUUAUAAUUGGCACUUUGAUUUUGCGAGUUUUCAUAACUUUAGAACAUAAGACACUCAAUUUUCACAAUUUUACAAAAUGAAACUUUGGUGAAUUAAGAUAGGUGUAGAACAUUUAUGUGAUAAAAUUAUAAAUGUCAAUAGCUUCGAUUCAUUUCAAUCAAAAUCAUCAACAUUCUGAAACUUAAUUUUGAACAAAACAAAUGAAGCUGCAGCCAUAAUGUCAUAUGUUAUGCUGUCCUCACUCACUUUUAGGUACAAUAUCACACAAAGUCGGUGAUACACAUCAUAAUCAACCAUCAAAUAGUAUACAUGUAUGUGUGUGAAACAGACCAGAUGGCUGAAUUUCAUAUUUUACUCAAUUAUUUUAAUUUAGCGACAAUUUAAAUUUAGCAAUCAUUUUUAGAAAAGUCACUAAAUCAAAGUGUCGCUAAAAUUUUAUGUAAUAAGGUAGCCGUAUGCAUUCCAGGCAGAGAACAUUAAACAUCCUGAUUUGUUGUUCACUUUUUUGUUUUCAGUCAUUUCCAUUCCGUACCUCUAUGUGUGUACUUCCACUCUCACUUUGCAUUGUUUGGAAAUUCAAUGCAUAUCCUAUUGAAUUUUCUUUUUAUCUUCAAUUUCAAUUAAGAGUGAACUUGCUUGUCCCUACACAUUCAUCCCUCUUGGUUUUACAGUGAUUCAGCCUUCUUGAAAAACAAUAAUGUAUCUUUCACAAGCAGUCACUUCCUCCAAAUAAUCAUUGUCACUUUCAUACAGGUUAGUCAUCAACAGUCCUAUAUUUAGGGCUACACUGACCCACAGAGGGUCAUAUUCAACCUACACAUGACUUGACCUGCCCUGUUCCUUUUCAAUCCAAUCAUUAGGUUGAGACUUUCAUUCAUGACAUCAACACCAUCUGGUACAUGUAUUUGAGAAGUGGUCAAUCUGAUCACCUUAUUAUUUAAGAUGGAAUCCAUCAGGAAAUUGAGUAAUUUUAAUUUUCAGUUGACAAAAACCUUGUACCAAAAUAAUUUAAUCAAUAUCGUCUUCUUUUUAACAUUUUUCAAGAGCUAUAGAUAUACCAAUAAUUAGUUAACUGUAAUAACACCAAAGACUAUUUCUCAUGGGAGCCCGAGAAAAUAAAUGUCAUUAAUUUCACAAGAAUUGUGAAAACACAGGUAAAAUUCUGAAAAUUUCAUGUGCACAGUAAGGUGUCAUUUUUGUCAAAUCUGACAUUUGUUUUCUCGGGGUUUUAAUAGAAAAUUUUUGUUGGUGUUAUUAAAGAUAACUAAUUACAUCUAUAGCCCUUUAAAAAUAUAAAAAAGAAUGCAAUGUUGUUUAAAUUGUUCUGGUACAAGGUUUUUGUCCACUGAAAAUUAAUAUUACUCAAUUUCCUAAUGCAUUCCAUCUUAAUCUGGUGUCAACUGUGUUCUCUUUUCCUGUUAUUAGACCAACUCUGCUAGAACUACCCAUGUCUUGCCUUCUGGUGAGCCACUGGUAUGGACCUAAUCUUUGUCAAUGCUCUUUGUCUAUACUAUUUGUCUACCUCUGCCAAUUUUUGCCUCAUCCAUGGUGGCAAAAAUUAAUGUUUCUCACCUUUAACCACUUGGUUUUCUCGAAAUUGUAGUUAUAGUUUUGAGAGGCAUGUUACAUUAUCUCUACCAGAACAGUGAAAAUUUUUCACAGUGAUAAAAUGUGAUAAAAAAAUGUGACAGUGAUAUAUCUGUGUUACCCUAAAAAAAUGAAAAGGACAGCUGACUUUGAGCCCAUUGAAACAUUCAAACAAGCUAUUCAUGUCAUGACUGUGUUUAGUACCAUUAAUAAAUUGUCACUUUCAAGAGUACUAAAGACAUCAUCAGCUACUGCACUAUGCCAUCAUGUGCAUUUAGUGCAUGUCUGUAUAGCCUGAGAAAACAGCUGACAUUUUGCAAUGCCGUCACCAAUGUCUGUGGAAAUUGCACAGAAAUUCCAUACUGAUGAUGUGUCACUAUCCAGGUCUGGAUAGUGCUUCUGAUUGGUUGAAGCAAAUUUCCUUAGCAGCAUGCCCAAUCAGAAGCACCACCCGACAUCUGUGACAAUAACAUGUACAGCAGUUCUGAAGAGUAAAAAAAAAAACAAUAAUAAAAUUAUUGCCCUGCACUUGCCUAGAGUAACGCUGAAACUGGGUUAUGUUAUUCAAAUAGACUACAGCUUAGGUUAAGAGACUGCAUUUUACUAUCAUUUUUCUAAUCUUGUUUAUAAAAUUCUAAUUUAAUUUAUAAAAAUCAAUAAAUAAAAGAACCAACCUGAAGAAAUCAGAAUAUAUGUCAAACUACUGACAAAUGUUAACAAGUAAGCUAAACUAAUGUUAAUUCUCCUGAAAGUAUUAUUAGUUUUCUUAAUAUUUUGGAUAAUGCUCUCUCCUUGAUUAAAAUUCUGCUGCAGUUAGUUGUAUACUGAUGCUACCCCUAAAAUAACAUUUAGUGUUUACCUAUAGCUAUAACAGCUGAGUUAUCAGAUGUGUAAAGCCAUUCCUGUUUUUUUUUUUUUUAAUUCCAGCCUUCUGCAAGGGUUAACUAUUAAAAGGAGUUGCCAGUGCUUACACUGUGUCUGGCAAAAUAUGUUGCAUGGUGCAUAAUUUAUGUUUACUUUAAAGUAAAAGAACUGUCUAUCACUCUUCGAGCAUUAAUUGCUCGGACUACAAUAGAAGAAACUACAGGAAAACACCAGUACAAAUUAAUUAAAGCAUUUGUUUUUUAAACUAAUGUUUUAGUCACUAGGCACAAGUCCAUCAGGUACCCAUUCACCGUCGGAAGAGUUGCACCCUCCACCUGUUAAAGCCCAAGGACGUGACAAGCCAGAUUAUACCUUGGUGAAUUCUCUCCUUAACUUAUCCAAGAGUGAGGUGAUUUACACUGGAUGUUCUUUUUGGGUUUUGGCCUUGGGCUAUUAUACUUUAACUGAUUCUUGUUUUUUUCCCUGCAGGACAGUAGAAUUGCUGUGAAGGCAUGCGAAGGACUAUUGCUUUGUGCAUCUCUUCCUGAAGACCAUGCAGCCACUGUGAUUAUCCUUUAUACUCCAUUCUGUGAAGUUAUGGUUAGUAUCCAGCUGAUGUUACUGUAUUACCUUCACCAGUCUUGCAAAACACUUGAUUAAGAAGAAAGUUCUGGAGUAAAAGUAAAUGGUAUUAACUCAAGAAUUCAUUUGCUCUGUCUUAGGUCAGGGUGCAAAGAAAGUCAGUUUUACACCUUGCCAUUCAGGCAAGCUGUAGUUAGAAUGCACUAGCCGAAAAGUCAUUUUGACUAGCCCGAUGAUGAGCAGGGUUGAUAACAGUUCUUUUGUGAUUAUAAUUCCUUAAAAAGUUUCAAUUGCCAGGCAGGCAAGUUAAGAACAGAAUUCACUAGCCCAAUAGUAAAAUCCACUAGGCCUGGGCUAUCCAACACGACUUUCUUUACACACUGUAGGUGCACUGUUUGCAUCUGUAACCCACCCUGCAAGCUGAGCCUUGAUCCUUUUGUCUUCUUGGUCAAGGAGGAGAAAAGGUGUCUCUGCCUGAAUUGUGUCAAGCCUUUGAAGUUGCCGCAGCCCAAACUUCUGGAUUAGUCAAUCUUGUUCUCUCUCGUCAAACUAGUUUUUUUGAGUAAAAGCAUCCAUUUAUUGAUAAACCGAUGGUCAUAACCAUGCCUGCUGAGGCAAGCGCACAGCUAUUAGGUCUGGGUUCAAAACUGUAUCCUAGCAACAUUCCACACACGCUUAACAAAGUUUUUACCUGAUUUAUGCAGAGUCUUUCUCGAGAAUGCUGAAAUCAAACAAGCGUAAAAAAGGCUCUGCUGGCAGGAGGCAUGUCUGUAACCCUGUCAGAGUGACAGACAAUAAUUUGGUUGUAGCUUUGGUUGUAGCUAAAAGCACAAUGGAAGGGAUCUAUAGACAUUUUUGUCACUAUAAUAGUGAAACUGUAUUCUGAUAUAUGAUUUUUAUUAGUUUAAUGCAUCCCUAGUUCACUAAAAUAAGUGGAGCUUACAUGUAAGCACAGUCCAAACCUGAGUUAUUCAAAAGGUGGAUAAUGCUAACCAGUGGAUAAAGCAUGUUGGUUUUCCUAAAUCCACUGAAUAGUGAUUUAUGUGGUAAACAGUCUUACCUAACCUUCACCCAGGCCUGUGGUUUGAACUUGUUAGCCACCAUAGCUUUGUAAGUAACAAGUUUUGUCUACUAGCAAGAUUUAGUACUUUCAGUGGCUUUUUUUUGUCUUUAGGUCACAGAAAAAGCUGAGUUCUAUUAAAGCAAUAUUAAAUCUGAUCACUGACAUUUCAUUUAUGUUUUUAUAGUCAGACAGAUUGAAAGUGUUAUUUGAACAUUUACCCCAGAAUAUGGAGCCAAUAGAUAUAUCAGCUAUUGCUGCCAAGUGGGGGUAUGUUUGGUUUACUUAGUAUGGUAACCAAUGGAUAAAGUUUAAUGGAAGAGGUUUAGGCAUUCUAGAAUCAAUUUUGGAGUUAUUGGUUUCUAAGAAGAGCCUCAGAAGUAGAAGAUCAUGGGCUUGUUAAUGGAUUGAUUCAUUGAUUUUUUCGACUGACCAAGUGACUGGUCAAUUAAUUGCUAGUGAUUUAGCGAUUGAUUGAUUGAUUGAUUGAUCAAUCAAUCAAUUGAUUGAUUGAUUGUUUAAUCAACAUUGAUAAGUAACUAUAGAUCUGAUCUUUGGCAAACACUUUGAAUUUCACCCAAUCUCUUAAGUGUUAUUUACAGGAACUUAACUUGCCUGGAUUAUCUGGGGUCUUUUGAGGCACAUAGUGUAUAAGUUUUAAGACCAUAAAAACCCAAGUUAGCAUGUAGUAAUUACUAAUCUGUGAUAGUUGUCAGUACUCUCACCAUUAUUCAAUACAUACUGUGGGUAAAGAACUUAUCAGGACUCCACUAGCACAACAGGGUUUAUCUGAUUGAGAAAUUUACUGUACCAUUGUUCCACAGGCUUGAUCAUCAGAGCGAUGAUGAAGAUAUGCUGUCAUUUCCUGGAAAGAGGCAGUUAAUUUCCUUUCUCUCCUGGUUGGAUUAUGUUGAUCAGCUCUCAAAAGAAGCACACAAGGUGUGUUUCUGUGUGUACUAAGUUGUUAUCAUUUAAAAGCUUUUUUAAGCAACAAAAUGGGCCAAGCUGUUCCAAGUCUAGUUAUUUCUUAUCCAGACUUAACUCUUUAAGCUCUAAUGUCCACAUACAAACUCAUUAUACCGAUUUCCAUGUACAUAUUUCCUUUUAUAAAAUAACUAAGAUAGUAUGCACGCUCUGAUUGGCAGAGAGGCGUGUUUGCAUGAGAGUAUGUAAACAUGGUUGUGACGUCAAGAUGUUUUGCUUUUCGUGCGCUAAUCACGCAAGCACAAAUUUGAAAAAGGUUUUGAGUUGAAAAACUCGACAAAUUUACUUUAUUUACCCAUUUCCUUGUCGGUUGAAACUUGAAAAAUCUUUAGAAACAUGCUGUGUCAAUUUUUUUUUUGCCUGAGCUGAUAUUUUAAGCGAGAAAAACCCGUAUUUUGGAAGGCAUCUUUUUUGCAAAACAAAGACUGAUUGCGCGUGCAAGCUUCGUGUACAAGACUUCACUACUGGUAAGAAUUUAUCUUUUAAUCAAUGCUCUAAACAAGAGAGUUUUGCUUUUUUUUCUCAGGAAAGUUAUUUUAUAAAAGCAAUAGAAAACUUUUUUCCUGUGUUUGCAUAUCCUGAUAUAAACACUCCAGGGGUUGGGAGAAUUCUUGACAGUUAUGCAAACCCGAGACGAACUAUCUCGAUUUCUCCCAACCCCUCUCAUGUUUAUAUCAGGCUACGCAAACACGGACAACGUUUCCUAUUGCUUAACUUUUUACAGAAUUAGUCAACAUUAUUUUUCCAAAGACCAAGGGCAAGGCAUUUUUCCUUUGGUGAUUCCUAACUCUCAUAACCUUUGUCUUGAAAAUAAUAUUGAUGUUGGUCACUCUUAGGACUUAACCCUCUAAGCCUCAAUAUUCAAAGUAUAAAUUUUCCAGACUGAUCUCCACAUAUUUCCUUAAAGAAUAAGUUGAGAAAAUUUGUUUGCUGAUCAAAGCCAUUCCCAUCAGGUGAUCAUUUUAUUAACUCUCACAACAUUUUCUCUUGAUUAUGUGAUGAUAUUGUUAGGAGAUAAUUGACUUUGGUCAGUCUUGGGACCUAAAGGGUAAAGGGUUAAAUGUAGGGUGUGAAGUGAAGUGAAGUGACACCUUUAUUUCAAGAGGGUAACACUUAACAGUUUGGAUGUAAACAGAGACUCUAUAAGUGGUGCAGGGAUAUUUUUAGUAUUAAAAGAAAUCAAAGUCUACUCUCCACUCUCCUGAUGUCUGUCUCCUUUUCCCUUUUCCAUAGCUUGUAGCCAAAGCUCUUGCUGUAGGAGUGAGAGAAAGAUUUCUUCAACCAGUUAUUGAACCUGGUCUCUUUCAACAGUAAGUUGUGAUUAUCAUGGCCUGUAAAAAUACAGAAGGAGAAUGAAGAAAAUAAUAAUAGUAAUAAAAUUAAUCUUUAACAAGGAGGUCUACAUCAAAAAGGGGUUUACAGAAGGGUCCUAAAAAUCAUGAAGUUAAAAACUUAAACCAUGUUAAAUGAUAAGUUUGCCUAUACUUAGCAAAGCACAUUCUAAGCCAUUCAAUUUGGCCAAGGCUAUAGCCUAGAUAAAAAAUAGUAAUUUCGUCAACCUUAUGGGUCUUUGCAUAUCCUCUGUUUACCUUCAGUGAUAGUCAUAGACUGAAAUAUAUUAUUAUAUUUGAAUAAUGUCUGAUUGACUGCCAGCCCUGACGUAUGUCUUACAAUUUUAGGUCAGAACUAGGUGUUAUUACAAUAACAGCAUUAUUAAGAAGAUGCAUACAGGCGGUUACCUCACCACAGCUACUGCAAGGUGUGUGUAUCUUUGGUUGAUGACCAUUGAGUAUUAUUUUAGUUGCGUACAGUGCACUGUAAUCACUUACUCAAUAAUGAUUGAAACAAUUCGAGUAACUUACCUUCAAAAAUGAAAAUGUUUCCCAUAAUACAGUUGACUCCCGAUAACUCGAACCUCGUGCUAUCUCACACCAAAAUCGAUUUCUCCUGGAUUUCCUUCAUACAUUCACUGCAGUUUUACCCACGGUACCUUGAACCCAUGAUAACUCGAACCUCUUGCUAACUCGAAGUAAUUUUUGUUUCCCUUCAGAUCGGUUCUUUGUAAUUUAACCCUUGAUAACUCAAACCAUGUUUGAAGCAUGUGACAAGUUGGAAAUUAAAAACAGUGUACUGAAGUCCUAAACAUUCAAUUUAUUCCCAGUCAUUUUCUUCGAACUCCCAAUAACUUGAACUGCCAUAGCCUGCAUGGCUGGUGGGAUUAGGCUAAUUUGUUUUUCGGUGGCAGAGCCUCAUUAAGAUUGAGAGCAAGUCAGAUUCAAAACUCAUAAGAAAUGUAGUAGGAGGUGAUUUUCCCUUGCGGCUUCCCCACUUGCUUUGUAUCAAGAAGGUACCCCGGGCACAACAAUCCCGCCAGCUACACAGGCUAGAACUGCCGAUAAGUCGAACUUUUUUCGAUUUCCCUUGAAGUUAUCAAGAGUCGACUGUAUUUAUGUUCAGUUGCUUGUGUGCCCUGUAACCUGCUGUUUUUUGUUAAGUUAACAAAACAUUGAAUCACCCUGACUCCGAUUCAAAGGAACUUGAAACCUAAUUUGUUAUCCUUUAAAUUAUUUUCCCUAGAAAUGUGCAUCUUUCUCCUUGGUGAGGGGACAACACCAGAGGUUCCAACUCAUGUAGGAGACCACAAAUUAAGGCAAACACUAAUCCAAAGAUGUGAUCACUUAUCUGAUGAGGUAAUUGAAUGAAGGAAUCUUAAAAUAAAGUGAAUAACACAGAAGGUCCAAAGUUUGUAUCAUUUUGGUCACACCAUUUUCAUUUUUAUAGAAAUCGUUUCUGGGACAUUACCUUCAUACAAUAUUGUACAUGGACAAUGGUCUCCAAUUUUACAGACAUUUUAACUAUUACCCUGUAAGCUUUCUAUAAAAUGUGGCUGACUAUAUUUAUUUGUUUUUAUUAUUUUUUGAUGUUUUUUCACUAUAUUUACAAACUGCAGUAAUAGUUUUAUAAUAACUUUUAAUUAAACUAUUCAUUACAGCAAUUUGUAAAUUAUUCUAAAAACAAUAAACUACUGCCAGAAAGAUGUUUAAUUUAGAUGCAGUCACAGGAUUCUUGUCCACACUGUCUAUCUGAGCCACAACAGGAGAAAUAAUUAAGGCUAAAAUAAUCCCAGCUAAACUGAUUUAAAUUUAUUUUUUGAAACUCACUUCUGAGUCCCAGCUAUAAUGCCAGUGCUCAAUAAGACCUAUCCUGAUGCCUGUGGCAGGUAUAGAUUUUCCUGUCAGACAAGUAUUUUUUAUGCACAGAACUAGCCUGAAGAGCAAAGUCCCAUGCAAGUCAUCUUCAAACUAAAUUGUAAAUAUAUUAGACAAGGAUGCAACUUCCCAGGGCAAGCAAAAUUUGAGGACAAGUGUAAAAUAUUCAAAUUCCUUCAAGCUUUAUUAGUAUUGACACUUAAUUCUCUGUUGUAGAUCAGCAUAGAAACACUGAAGCUGUUCGAGACUCUACUCAACAAACCCUGUGAUGUUAUUUUGAAUAAUCUUGUGCUUCGGAAUCUAAAAAGUAGGAAGUAUUACACUACGCCCCCAGUGCCCAAUGGAGAUACUAGUGCUGCAAGCAAUGGACCUGCAGUGGCUGAUAAACUGGCACCUCCUUCCCCUCACACAGGAUUCCCACCAUCACCAACAUCACCUUCAACUCCACCACUUACACCAGAUGGUCUGGGUUCUCCACAGAUUGUUGAAAAUGUUGACAGAGAUGAAGUGGAACAAGUUGUAAAUAGGUACAUGUACAAAAUAAUGUAAAUUUUGGUGAACUACAACUUUCUUGUUGUCAUGCUUUUGCUUCAGUACACUCGUAUUAUAACAUUAAUAGUAUUGUAAAUAAUUUACAUGCCUCUCGUUAGUCCCAGGUCAGCAGGGGCACCAAACGAUUGUUUUCUGUAUAAUAUCUGUUCAGAGAAGCAAAUAUGACCUAGAAUUUUUAUUGUUUGAAAAUUGCUUAGAAUUUCUAGAUGACUGCUCCAUUCAUGUACAGUUUUUGAAUCUUAUCUAAUUAAUUUUCCAUGAUGUACUCUCUCCCCAGGUUAGGCUAUUUUUUGUAGAAAAAGGAAACCUAAAAUUUUUGGCUUCAAAAGUGUGAUGGAGAGAAGAAUCAGAAAAAUUCUCACUUUCGUAAAACGUUAACUGGCAUCUAAAAUUUUCUGGAAAAUAAUACUGAAACCCUGGUAAUUUCGAAAAGACUCAAGUUCCCUUAGGAUGACAAAACAGACUCAAAUUUUAUAGGGCUGCUUAGAAUGCAUUAAUUUCUAGAGAUCUAAAAGUACUCUGGAUAGUGUAAAAAGUGUUUUCAACGUUUUUAUGAGGAGAUGGAAAGGAGAUGGUCAUUGUAAUUGAGAACCCUUGGAUCAGCGUAUUCUUAAGACUGUGUGUGUUUAUGGCAGUGAUUUUUCCAAAAACACCCAUUUUAUCUCCAAAAUGACCUGUCUGAGCAACUAGUUCUGCUGUUUGGAAAGUGGCCUUAGCCUUAGCAUGCGCUUACCGGUAAGAAUUUACAUAUCGAUAAAACUGUUAUGAUUCAUGAGUCAAUAUAGCUUGUUUUUAUCAUGGAUACAAGUUUUUGUUCACCUGUAAAUUGAUAGUGAGUGUGCCAGAGUCAUUUUACUGAAAAAUGGAAAGAAUAAACAAACUUUUCCAUCCAUCAUCAAACACAAAACAACUGAUUCAGCUACAAGAGUUCUUCAAUGGCAAACCUUUGAAUGGUGUGAUUUGUAGGGGACACAUGCAAGUGACAGCACACUUGCAACUGAAAGGGAACAUUCACUAAAAAAUUAUCAGUAUUAUGUGAAUAUUGUUGUAUACUUUGUCUAGUUUAACUCAUAAGAAACAUUCUCUAAACUAGAGAUGUCUAUCAGUUUUAUUUCCUUAGUACCUGAUGAGAUAAAGACAUCAGCUUUAACAGGAGACACUGGUUAUGACACUUACUUAAGAGAUGCACAUAGACAGGUACUGCUAUACCCAAAAAAGCAAAAUAAAAUUAUCCUUUUUACUACGAUAGCUGUCACAGAGUAAAACCCCAUUUACACGUGCUAAAAAAAUCGGCAUGGCACACCAAAUUUUUGGCACCGUGCUGACGAUUUUAAGGCACAGCAUUCCCAAUUUUCGACAUGUAAAGGUAUCGGUCCCAAAUGUAAUAUGGCACCAGUGCUCAAAAUUUUAGGGGUGCUGAGACUACCUCCCGGAGGUAGUCUCGGCACGGGUAAACGAGGUACGGUGCCAAAAAUUUGGCGUGCCAUGCCGAUUUUUUGAGUGCGUGUAAAUGGGGUUUAAGUAUACAAAUGACAGUGUUGAAUGUUUGUUUUUCGUAGUGCAACCAACGUGCAAUUCAGACCAGCACUUUUGAGUGGCCAUCAACUCCAGUCCCACCUUCUGGUAAGACACUUCAGUAUAUCUUAAGCCUCAAAGUCCAAAUAAUACAGUCAAACCUGUGUACAACAGUCACCCUUGGGAAAUGGCAAGGUGAUAGUUAUAUACAGGAUGACCGCUAUAUACAGAUCAGCUUUGCAGGAAAUAUAAGGCAACUGAAAAUUUUGGGAAGUUGUCCAGUGACCAUAAUAUACAGGGUGACUGCUAUACACAGGGAAGUUAUGUACAGGUUUGACUGUAGUUAUCACAUCAAUUUUCACCCAGCAAUAUCACUACAUAAUCAAGACAAAAGGUUAUGGAAAUUGAUAAAAAAAAUCACCAAAAGGAAAAUGCUUUCAUUGACCUUAAUCAAAUUCUCCCAACUUAUUCCUUAAGAAAAUAUAAUUAUGGAGAUCUGUCUUGAGAAUUUUUAUUUGGGUAGUGGGGGGUUAAAACUAUACAAAUAAAAACUCAAAAUACUAUAAGUGAGAAGCGGUACUACACAAUCAAGGAAUUGCUAUUUUAGUCACUUAUUUCUGGGUUUCCCAAACAUUCAACUUGUCCACUAAGAAGUUUACUUCUACGUCUUACCUGCUGCUCUCAAAGUGAGAAGCAACAUAAAAACAUGCAGUAGAAGACACAUGUGGAAGCUUGUUAAGAGGAGUAAACAUAUUAUAUCCGGAAUGUAGACAUCACAUGUUACUGUUCUUGGUCCAGAUAACUGUGAUUUAUGUUCCACCUUAGAUUUCGAGGACAGUAGAGAGGUAUUCUAUGAGGGUGCAUUCUUAAACAUGCUCUUUAAGAAACUACAGAGACUUCUAGAUCAGGUUUGUAGUGAUAAGUAAUAAAAUUUAUUAAUAAGUAAUAUAAAUUUUUUUUCUGCCAAGCAUUUCUUCCAGUUGCGUUUAGCAUAACAUAUCUCAAGAGAGUUGCUUCACAAAUUAAACCCAGCCAAUAGGCAAUAUGUAUGCAGUGGCCCAGCACUCAUUGCUCCCUGCCUCUAGUGACAUAUUUUUGCAGAAGUCUCAGAACAAUCUCGUAUCGGCUGCUUUUUUUUCCUUUUUUUUAUUGGUCAUUUCAUUUUGCUGGUUGAAGCACACUCAAAGUAAGUAACACUUUCUUGUUCCUUAUCAGCAGGCUGCUUUUAAAUUUGGGCAGAUAAAUGCUUUAAUUGUGACAUCUAUCUUUUUGGGGUGUUCUUGUAAGUUAAACCUUUAAAAUGUCAGAGAUGCUGUACACUCGCAGUUUUAAACAACCUAACUCUUUCCCUUUGGACAUUCUGAGAGUUUCAGCACCUCUUCCAGGCCCUCUUGAGUUGAAUUAGUCUUAAUUUCAAGACCCCUCAUCUUGCAUAUUGAGGAGGAAGCCUUGUACCUGUUUGUAUUUUACUACUGUAUUGGUUUAUUUUUGUGCUUUUCUUCAUUGGUUUUGCAGCUCCAACCCAUCUUUGAGUCAUUUGUUACUAUUUCAGCUGUCUUUUGCUGUUCUGUGUUACUUGCUGGAAUUUUACUUUUAAACAGAGGCCUCCUCUUGAAGAAUCUCUGCUGAAGAAGUGUCACUCAACUUAUUUUAUGCUCUUUUAACUUCUAUAACAGCCAUAUGAUGUGAACCUACAAGUGACAAGUGUAAUAGCACAAUUGAGUCAGUUUAAACAUCCCCAGCUCCAAGAGUUUCUUCUUAAUGCUUCCUUGCCGUUGGCACCAGACUGUCGAUCUCUGCACUCCACUCUUCAAAACGUGAGUUGCUUCAAAAUAAUUACAAUCCACUGCUCUUCAGUGACUUUAUUCUGUGUCAAGUAUUUUACACAUACAUUUACUGUAAGGCCUGUAAAGCUUGGGUUCCUUAUAAUCUUCUGGAUCAUAUAUGCCUCAAGUAGAGAUUGAAGGCAAACAAAUCUGGAUAUAUGAAAACACCAACACGACAGGAAUCCCCCAAAUUACCUUGCAAAUUACCUGUUUUUUGUUUAGCCUGCGGACACAGACAUAUUUCCGGUCGUUGCUUCUCUCCACCUGAAUCCACUCUCGGGUAGAGAGAAGCGACGACUGGAAAUACGUCUGCGUCUGCGGGCUGUUUCCUUGGGCUAGCAAUAAGUAUUAUCUGGAAAACACCUAGUAUGAUGCCACGAGGCCCAAUUUUGACAAUUAGGGUGAAUCACUUGGAUAGACCUGAUGUCUGAAUUUAGGCAGGUUUCCAUAUAAUCAUCCAUGCCAUCUAAAAAAAUCAAGAUGAUUUAGACGACCUGGGGUUAAUUUAAUCAAACUUUUACGAGUGUAUAUAAUUCACAAGUGUAGUCAUUGUUUUAGAAAAUGAAGUCAGUCGCUACACUUGUAAGAUACACUUGUAAAAGUUUUACUAAAAUGACCCCUGGUUUUAAGCAAACUACCGAUAAGUCAUUUUGAAAGAGGUUUGUUUUUUAACAUCAAGAGUAUAAUUUGUCACCUUUCCUCAGUUUAAUCAUGAGGUUUAUCUUUCACAUGAACUUGCAGGUUGUACAAGAUUUAAAAGGUAGAAUACAAAGACUUCCAAAUUUUCAACGGAAUGUUGUGUCUGUAAGAAGGCAGUUAAUGGGAAUUGCAACAUCACCAGAACACAAGAGGUAUUACAUAUUAGUAAAAUCCGACUAUAAGGGUCUAUUCUCAAUGCUGCGUUCUGAUUGGUUGAGCUACUUCUAGGCUAUAUGUUAUAGCCCACUAGUAACGAAAAGCACCGACUUUGAAAACCAAAACAAUGGCAGCUGAAUUGCGUUUUGCUAGCUAAAGUUGUUUUGUCUCAAUAUUUUUUACCAACUAGUUGGAUUUUACUAAAACAAUUAUUGCUGUCGCCCUCAUGGCCUCUGAGCGAAUAGCCCAUUCAAGCUCGAGGAAUAAUUGUUAACUGUCAUUACUUAGUAAGGCCUUGUCAUAAGUAAAAGUAGCAAUGUCAUUACUUUUUUAUGUUUAUGUGUUUUGUUUUGUUUUUUAAUUUAGGAGAUCCUUUAUAAAAACUAAUUAACUUGAGGCUGUUUUAGUUUGAACUGUCAAUAUAACUGUAGAUUCUUUGGGUGCAAAUUCAGUUUCCAAUGAUAUUACAUUUUAUAUUUACAGAAAUGAAAAAAGUGACUGUGGAUUUCUAGAAGUAAAUCAUAAACCUAGAGAUAGAGUGUUUUGGGUUCGUAAUAAACUUACAGAAAGUCAGACAGAAGUUGCGUUGAAACUCAUUAAAGAUGGGUCUUUUGCUGCUUGUAUUUAUGCAAUAUUUAUGCACGAGCUUAAGAACUGGUCCCAGUUGUUCAGAAGGUGGAUAGCACUAUCCUAAUAUUUAUCCACUGGAUAGUGAUUUACAUGGUCGAUAGUGCUAUCCAGCCUUUGAACAACUGAGGCCUGAUGGAUAAAAGCAAUGUCAUGUGGUUUCUCAGGGGGCAAGCAAGUCAUUACAAGAAAUCGCGGUUGAGUGUGUUUAUUGUAGUCAACAGAAAAUGAAUUUAACUUUUCAUCUUAAAGACAAUAAUGGCAAAUUAUUGGUGAAAAGGAUCAUUAUUACUUCUUUGGAUGCAGUUAGUGACCAUCAAUGUCCUCACAGCAAACUGUAAUAUAAAUCUUGUCUAAACUCGAACUGUACAUUUUUCAUGAUGACUAUUGAUCAUCAUCUUGUUUUGAUAGAAUAAACAGACAUGACCGCGAUUACCCGUAUUGGCAAAUUUUCUCACUUCUUUACCCCGUGAAAUACCACGUGACAUUGCUUUUAUCCCAUUACUCCUAAAGCGCAGGCCAAGAUGGUGCAUGGGUAGCAUGAUCGUGAAUAAGGUCCAUUUACCAAUAAUAUCUUAGUAACAAACCUGUUACUGUUUUCAGCCUUAGUGAAAGUAACCUUCUUGAAGCUGCAAUAGUUUUAGAGGAAUUUUGUAAGGUGAGAGACAUUUUAAAACCGUAAUCUAGCUGGGUGUAAUAAUUUUUGUUACAGUCAAUGUGGAAUUUCAUUGUAGAAGAUUACAGAAUGAAUUAAUUAUCUGCAACAAAUCCCACAAGUAAAAGUAUUAAAAAUUUACUGGAGAAACUUUACCAAUAUUACACAAGAAAAGUUCAAAUUAUGAUGGUGAUGCUGUUAGAAGGUUUUCAAGUUAAAGUCACAUUCCACAGAUCACCAUGCUAUAGAUAAACCAAACGUUUCUCCUAAUAUUACCAUCUAAAAUGCAUGGAACUGUUCAGUUCAGAAAACCACAGUGACCUCUACUCUUAACUUGUGGUAAGUGGCCUGUAAAAGAAAAAUAAUAACUAUUUAUUGUAUGUUACAGGAACUGGCUGCUAUCGCAUUCGUUAAAGCAACAGAAAGAGUGCAAGGUCGGUAACAUCAACUAUAUGUACCAGAAGCUUAUUUGGAAAACUUUAUUAGCAUGUAGAAUUUACCAACAAGAUGGAUAGGAAUGUGUUUCUGCAGUUUUGAUUCAAGCAACACAUCAGUCAUAAGCAGAAGAUGCCAAGAACUCCACACAUGGAGGGUAAUCUCUUCUCAAGAAAAGUUCUCAAUUUGUUUGUGCUUUCAAGCAGCCAUAGUCUCCCUCGCAGCCGUUUGUUGGGGAGGAGCAUUGUGUGAUGAGACAAAAAUGGCGGCAGGACU